AUGAAAAGCAUAGACUUCCUGAUGGAAGAAAAUUCAGAUACCAAAAUAAAGCAAGAGAGAAAUGAGGAGUGGCAUGAAGAGCCAUGUCCUUCAGAGAAGCAACCAAGGAGAGCUGCUGCAUUGUCUUCAAUCAAGGAGGCAAGUAAAACCUCCACUCUUGCACCCAGGGAAGAGAAACCUAAACUAAGAGAGUUGGCUGCUCUUGUUGUUACAAGAGUUGGUGCCGAUGAUGUUCCACCAUUAAGGAAGCUUUUGGACUUCAUGUUCCAUGGUGCUGACAGCAAUCCACUACCAAUCGAGGCAUCUGAGGUAACCGAAGUCUUCAUUUCUUCUAUUAUCAUGCCAUCUGAUGGGAUGGAGAAUGAAACAGAUCGAGGAGUUCGAUGCGACAGGUUUGCUAAAAUCCAGUCCUGGGAUAUCUCAGGCUAUGAUGAGGAUAGGCCGGUGAUCUGGAUUUCAACCUUGGGUGCAAAAUAUAGAUGUAUGAGGCCUAACCGCACCUACAGGAAGUUCUUCGACCACCUGUCAGAGAAGGCAUGGGUCUGCCUCAAGGUGCAGAAGACAUUGAGAGGCUCUGAAGACGACAUUCUUAAUAUGUCUCUCAAUGAGCUGAUAGCUAGGGUGAUCCGUUCAUUAAGAGGAAAUGCAUGCUUUGCGAAAAGACCUGCUGAUAGAGAUUUUGUGAUCUCUCUUGGUGAAUUUAUCUACGAACAACUCAUCAAAUUAGACAAGGAAUCAGGAAAUGAAAGAGUAAAAUUAGAGACAGUGCCGGCCUUAAUUUCUCUACAAGAGGAAUGUAAAAGCCAAACAGAAUGCAUAAAGACUGACGAAGGGAAGGAUAUUACAUUAGCCGAAGACAGCAAUAAGAAGUUGGCAAGAUUAUUGCAAGAUGAGGAAGAUAGGAGAAACAUGAGGCAGCAGAGAACUCGACAGCCAGCAAUGAUCAGAUACAAAUUUUCCUUCGAGACCGAAUUGCCUGAGAUUGCUGCAGAGUACCCCUCACCAGCUUACUACAAAGCAAGAGACAAUGAGAUGGAUGAGGAGUUCUAUAAUAGUGAGAUUGAUGAUAUUGAUGAGCUCCCAAGAAGGAUUCUGCAAAAUUGGGCCCUUUAUGAUUCCAACUCAAGGUUUGUUUCGAUAGAGAAGCUUCCCAUGAAAACAUGGAUGGAUAGUGCUGCGCCCAUAUUUGGAUCCGGGUGCAUGAUGAAAGAUGAUGGGAGUUGCUACUGCACUAAUGUCGAUCUGGCUCAUGAUAAUGUAUUUCCAGUCUUCUUGAGUAAAGUAAAGGAGUGGGCGGUCGAGUUCAGCUCCAUGACAUUCUCGAUAUCAAUCCGAACAGAUGCAGCCUGGUAUAGGCUUGGGAAGCCUGCAAAGGAAUAUGCACCCUGGUAUGAACUCGUAUUGAGAGUUGCAAGGCUGGUUGAACAUGUAAUCAGAUUAAUUAAGAAACAGAGUAGAGCUUCGAGGCUCACUUUCUCAGAUGCCACCAAGAAAGUCACAGAAUUAGACAAGGAUAACCCUGCACACAUCUCCUCAAAUAUCAAAGCAGUGGAGCAAUAUAUGGUGGUUCAUGGACAAACAAUACUUAAAUUAUUUGAUGAGUAUCCAGAGAAGAUGAUCAGCCAGUGUCCUUUUGUCUCAGGUCUAAGACAGAAGAUGGAGGAGAAGCGCCAGGCUAAACAGACCAUGAGAAGCAAGCUAAAAGUUCAUAAAGAAGCAAGCAGGAAACAAAAUGCUGGGAUGGUGCCUUGGGUGUCCAGAAUAGAAAAGUUGAUGCAGGCAACAACAACUAGACUGAUCAACAGGAUGUGGAAUGAUUACUAUAAUAGAUAUUUUCCAGAGGAGCCAGAGGAGGGAGACUACCAUGGAUUGAUAGAAGAAGAGAUUGAGGAAAAGGAUGAGGAACAGGAGAUUUUAGCUGAAGAAGAUAAGGCUUUAAGACGCCGUUCAUUGACUACUUUUGCUUCCAAUUCCAGUUGCAGUGAGAUCAAAUGGGAAGGAAAGGCAAUCAGGCAAAAAGGUUCCAAUAAGGCUUUGUAUAAAUGUGCACUGGUCCAUGGGGUUUUGAUAACCAUUGGUGGGGCAGUAAUAGUCACUGCUGAUGACUCAAAAAGGGUGCCAACCAUGGUUCUGGUGGAGUACAUGUUUGAGAAGAAAGAUGGUCUAAAAUUGGUUCAUGGAAGGAUACUGUUAAAAGGAUCUCAAACGGUUCUUGAGAAUACUGCAAAUGAGAGGGAGGUGUUUUUGACCAAUGACUGUAUGGAUUUUGAAUUAAGAUAUGUCAGAGAAUCUGUUGUGGUGAAUGUUCGAUCAAUGCCUUGGGGAUAUGAGCAUAGGCAGAAGCAAGCUCACGCUGAAAAAAUUGACAGAGCAAAGGCAGAAGAGAGGAAAAAGAAAGGAUUGCCUUUGGAGUUUUACUGUAAAAGCUUAUAUUGCCCUGAAAGAGGGGCCUUUUUUGCUCUUCCUGUUGAAACUUUAGGCCUCGGAACUGGGGCCUGCAGUGCUUGCAAAAUAAGAGAAACCCAAAGGGAACAUUUUCAAAUCAGUACUUCUAAGACCAGUUUCGUCUACAGGAAAACAAGCUAUAAAGUAAAUGAUUUUGUGUAUGUGAGGCCCCAGCACUUCAGUAAGGAUAAGAAUAACCAUAAAACCUGCAAAUAUGGGAGAAAUGUGGGUUUGAAAGCCUAUGUAGUUUGCCAGUUGCUCAGAAUUGAAGUCCCGACAAAGCACACAAAGAUCACCCAAGAAUCGGCAAAGCUUAAAGUCAGGAGAUUCUACAGACCAGACGACGUAUCGAAGUCAAAAUCAUACAGUUCUGAUAUAAGAGAGGUCUAUUACAGUGAAGAUAUACUUAGUAUUCCUGUGGCGGUAAUAGAAGGAAAAUGUGAAGUCAGGAAGAAGAGUGAUCUUCCAGAAUUAGAAUUUCCUGUUAUUGUAGAUCACGUGUUCUUCUGUCAAUAUUCCUAUGAUCCAGUUAAAGGAGCUCUUAAUCAGUUGCCAGCCCAUUGCAAGCUUAUGUUCCAAACUCGAAAGGCAGCAGACAAAAAUAAAUUGAGAAAAAAUAAACGAAAGGCCAGAUGUACAGGAGAGAAAGAACUAUCUAAUGGUUGUGGAGGCAUUGGUCGAAAAGUUCGGUUGGCUUCCUUAGAUAUUUUUGCUGGCUGUGGGGGCUUAUCAGAGGGACUUCAACAAUCUGGUGUUUCUUUUACGAAGUGGGCAAUUGAAAAUGAUAGGCAAGCUGGAGAAGCAUUUUGCUCCAACCACCCAGAGACACAGAUGUUUGUUGAUGACUGCAACAUCAUAUUAAGUGCAAUAAUGCAGAAGUGUGGAGAUGCUGAUGACUGUAUCUCAACUUCUGAGGCUAAAAGAUUUGCAGCACACCUCGACAGGGAAAAGCUUAGUAAUCUUCCUUUGCCAGGCCAAGUAGAUUUUAUUUAUGGGGGUCCUCCAUGUCAGGGGUUUACUAGCAUGAAUAGAUAUAAUCAAAGCCCAUGGAGCAAAGGCCAACGUGAGAUGCUGUUAACAUUUCUUUCUUUUGCCGAGUACUUCAGACCGAGGUUCUUCUUAUUGGAGAAUGUAAAAAACUUCAUAUCUUUCAACAAAGGGAGUACCUUCCGUCUAACAAUUGCUUCACUCCUAGAGAUGGGUUAUCAGGUGAGAUUUGGUAUCUUGGAAGCUGGAGCAUAUGGAGUGCCACAAUCAAGGAAGAGGGCAUUUGUUUGGGCAGCUUCACCUGAAGAAACACUACCAGAGUGGCCAGAACCUAUGCAUGUUUUUGUCGGUCGAGGUCUGAAAAUAUCAUUGACAGGUGAUUCCUUUUAUGUUGCUACAAAAAGCACCAUCAGAGGAGCGCCAUUACGGUCUCUGACUGUAAAGGAUACCAUUGGAGAUUUGCCACCUGUGGACAAUGGAGCAUCUCUUCUUAGUAUAGAUUAUAAAGGUGAUCCGGUGUCAUGGUUCCAGAAAAAACUACGAGGAAACAUGACAACACUGGACGAUCACAUAUCGAAAGAAAUGAAUGAGUUGAAUCUCAUUCGGUGCCAACGUGUCCCAAAGCGCCCUGGUGCCGAUUGGCAUGGGUUACCAGACAAAAAAAUUAAAUUGUCCAAUGGACAUAUCAAGGACUUGAAAACUUAGUGGGUGCUAAAUAGAUCCAAGGGGAACAAUAAGUGGAAGGGACUCUCCAAGAGGCAUGGCUGGGAAGAGAAGUUCCCAGCUUCCAUAUAUAAUAAUGAUAAAGUGGGCAUGUGCUACCAUCCGGAACAAGAUUGA